AUGGCGGCAAAGCUGGAAGGGUCGAGCUCAGAGCUGUAUGAGCGCUGCACAAAUGCAGCACUCAGCUCUCCAGAAGGACGCGCCAAAAUCUUUGGACAGGAUGAAUUACUCAAGAUGGGAGUGGUGGAUAGUGCUCAAGCGCUGUUGGAGCUGGUGCAGGGCUUGAUGGAUGCACAGUUGAUUCGCUUGAUGCAGAUGGAGGGCAAGAUUUGCUAUGCGCUGCGCACUAAGGAUGAUGCUGCGAACGGCACUAAUGGCACCUGGACAAAGACGAUCAAACAACGCACCAACAUCCAUCAAACCACCGUUACGAAAGCCAUGAAGACACUCGAGAGCAAGAAGCUCGUCAAGCCCGUCAAGUCGAUCAAGAACCCUGCCCAGAAGAUUUACAUGCUCUACCAUCUGAGCCCAAACGAGGAUGUCACUGGAGGACCAUGGUUCAGCGACGGCGAACUGGAUGUCGAAUUGAUUGCCAUCACCGCAGAUGCUGUAAUCCACUUUAUCGCACAAAACAGCUGGAAGACUGUCUAUAUCAAGCGUGAAGCUACUCCUGACGCCGAUGGAAUCUCANAAAAGAGAAAGAGGAACGACACAGCAGAUAUCGAAGGCUCACAUCCAAAGUCACGCAGAGCAGGCGGCUACGAAACACAAAUCUCCUACCCGGCAGGCUGGCGAGGUUAUCCAACUGUCUCUGCUAUCCACCACUUCAUCACUGAAGCCGGAUUUUUGAAAGAUAGUUCUGCACUCGCCGAGUCCGAUCUACAGAACCUGCUCGAUGUCCUGGUCUUUGAUGAGCGUAUUGAAAAGAUCGGAAACGGCUACAGAACUUGCAAGGGUGUCUUUGGAGCCACGGAAGCCAUGAAAAACAUCAUGCAGGGAAGACAAGUGGCAGAUGCCGUUGAGGAGAUUGAAGGCAAUGGAUUGAGUCAGGCGCCUUGUGGAAAGUGUCCAGUCUUCAACCUUUGUGAAGACGGCGGUCCUGUCAAUGCGAAGAACUGCGAGUACUUCCAGACCUGGCUGAGAGCUUGA